AUGGCCUCUCGCGGAGGGGGGAGUGGGGCGUGGCGCGUGGCUACGCGCCGCGGAGGCGAAGGAGGAGGAGAUGAAGAUGGCGAUGAAGAUGAAGGCGGGUGUUGCUUGCGGCCUUUCUUCUGCGAGCAGGGGCUGUUGCGGCCCGACGGCUUGGCCGCCUUCCUGCAGGGCGACACGUCGGUGCUGGUCGGACUCUACGGUCCCGCGGAGGUGAAGGUCAGCAAGGAACUCCCGGAUCGGGCGGCGUUGGAGGUUCUGCUUCGCCCCAAGGUGGGGCUGCCAGGCGUGAUCGAGCGUAGCCGGGAGCAGCUCCUCCGGUGGACCCGCGAGGCCAUGGUUUUGGGGGUGCUGCAUCCCCGCACCGCCAUCACCCUGGUCCUGCAGGUGCUCAGCGACGCCGGUUCUCUGCUCUCCUGCUGCCUGAACACCGCCUGCAUGGGGCUGCUGGACACGGGGCUGCCCCCGUCCUCCCUCUUCUGUGGCAUCACCUGCGCCAUCGACCCUGACAGCAUCAUCGUCCUUGACCCCACGACCUGGCAGGAGCAGGAGGUGCGUGCCGUCCUCGCUUUCGCCAUCGACAGUGCUGAGAAGAAGGUGCUGACAGCCACCACCAAAGGCAGCUGCUCCAUAGAAGAGAUGCAGUAGUGCCUCGCGGCGGCCCAGCGCACCACCGACACCAUCUUCCAGUUCUACCGUGACUCCGUCCAGCAGUGAUACUCCAAGUCCUGA